AUGCGCCAGCAAGCGAGUGAAUCCGUACCACAUCGAGAGCGAGUGAAUCCGUACACAAAAGAGCGAGUGAAUUCGUACACUAACGAACGAGUGAAUCCGUACACCAAGGAUCGGGUGAAUCCGUGCACCAACGAGUGUACCAACAAGCGAGUGAAUUCGAACACCAACAAGCGAGUGAACUUGUACACCAACGAGCGAGUGAAUUCGUACACCAACGAGCGAGUGAAUUCGUACACCAACAAGCGAGUGAAUUUUUACACCAACGAGCCAGUGAAUUUGUACACCAACGAGCGAGUGAAUUCGUACACCAACGAGCGAGUGAAUUCGUACACCAACAAGCGAGUGAAUUUUUACACCAACGAGCCAGUGAAUCCGUGCACCAGCGAGUGA